AUGGGAACACGGCAGGGUGCAGCGGCACUGCGGCUGCUAGUGCUGCUGGUGUGCGGUCUUUUGGGCUUGAGCUGCUCGCUUGUGGUGGGGGGACAGGGGGUCGAGUUGACGGGUGGGGAUGAUCAGGCUGAUAUUAGCUUUCAGAUUCACAGCUUCAACGACUUGGGCUUGUUGCCGCAGCUGCGAUGGAAGCGCGCCACAUGGUUCAAGUUUGAUCCGCACUACAUGACGAGUGACUUUUGCACGUCGCAAUCCGCCAUUGCCGAUCCAUCACGCGGGUGUCUUGUGCUCAACCACGACCGCCCCGUCGCGCUUCGCCAGUACAACACGACCGACCAGCUGCUGGCUCUGCUCAACUCGACGCGCUGGCGCACCUACGCUGCGCAGCGCCAAUUGCAUGUGGCGCUGUGCUUCAAGUUUGAUUCGGGCAGCGACAUCUGUAGCGAUGCGCAAGAUGCCAGCGAUUGGCGGUACACGGUCGAUCAACUUUUCGAUCGCAUUGCAGCCUUGGACCUGCCCAACGUCACCUUCGUCUUGGAUGGCGUGGCUGUACCCGCCAGCGGCCCUUGCCUCAUCAACCGCUGGUCACCCUGGAACGCCACCUACAUUGUGGGCCAAAACCCAGCCCAGGGGGCUUUGGAUAACAACAGGACCAACGGAGACGAAACUUAUCAGAUUAAUAACAUGCCUGCCAGUCACCCAGUAGCUGCCAAACUCCAGGCCAUGCAGGCCAUUGACUAUGGCAAAUUUCUCGGCAACGGCCAACCCUUUUUGUUCUGGGAGCCUUCCGAUGAGCCUGACAUUGCGGAGACCAUUACGACCUAUGCCAACGGUUCGCUAAGCACCACCGGCUUUCGAUUUGCCAUCAACAUUGAUCCUCUUCAAAUUGCACAUUAUGCGAGUUACGCGGCGGGUCCAUCGCGGCUGAGCACGGCCUUUGACGCCCGGGUCAACUCAAUCGAGGCGGAUGUGGCCAGUGCUGGCACCUGUGGCGCAUGCCCGGUCUCAGGUACCAUUUUGCUCAAUAAUGGGACCCACGGCGUCGAGGUUCACCCUGCCAACUCGACCGUGCAGGUGGACGCACCCUUUGCUUUUGGAGGAGAUCAGGACUGCCAUGUGGCGUUGGCCGAAAGUUCAAAUGGCCACGUGGCGUUUACGGCAUCCUGUCAGGCGCUGAGCGCAGGUGCAAAUGCCGUGGCUUCAGUGCACGCUCUGGCACGAUUGGCCCCGGCACGCAAGUGCGCGUAUCAGGCGCCUGGUCUGAGGAAACAAGUGCCGUAUUGGUAA